AUGAGAAUUUCAAGUUUUCUACUUGUUCUAGAGAUUUUCGCUCAAGAAACAACAACGACAACUCCAACAUUAAGUUCCACCCUCAAAAGUCACACUACAGUUAGUCCAACCCCAGCAACUGCUCAUUCAACGCAUCAUUCCAAGAUCCACAGUACUCAUAGUCCCCAUAAUACAACAACCCACGUGGUUGUGGAUAAGACAGAGCAUCCGACGUAUACUGCUUGCGAAAAACAGUGGGAACAGAGAAUCGAAAUCAGUGUCGGCCUACAUUUACCGCCAAGGCACCAUGGCGAGCGGGUCAAAACAAGUGAGAUUCCUGACGAGGCGAUCAGGAAGCUUCUGGCGCAAGAAUUAUCCGUUGUGGCUGGACCAGUUUGUGUAACAGAGAGUCAGUAUCUAACGAUUCAUUCAAAAGAAGAUCGCGAAAUUAAGAUCCCGCUUCAUGUUUUUGGGAAUAGCAAAAAGGCUGCUGAAAAAAUUGAUGAGCUGAUUAUUCUUCAUGCCGAGAAAAAUGGUACAGAAGUUUUACUCGAUUCGCCGUAUUGGCCUCAUGGAGCUUAUUUGAUCGAUGUUGAUGGAGUCGAUGUCGCGAACUUGGGCGGACACAGGAGAGUCUUUGGAUUCAUCAUUUUUCUGCUGCUUAUUUCAAUUGGCGUGAUUGGGUACCUCGUCUACAAGCGUGGCCUCCUCCGUCGGUUUGGAAAUCAAGAGUACCCAGGAAGACUUAUUGCCAAUUAG